ACCAAGCCUCGAGUUGCUGCUCCUUCUUCUUCUUCGCCAUCGUUCCUUGGCUUUGUCGUUGUUUGGGGAUCGACUAGGUCUGAAGUAGACGAUGUCGUCGGCGAACAAAAUGUCCACGUGGUCCGCGAAGAUCAGGAAGCCAAAUUUUUGUCUCUCCAAAAAAAAGUGUAAAAAAAAAGUUCUCGAGGUUUUGGAAGCAGCUUCUCGUUAGCCAGGACCUCGACAGUGAUGGCAGGAGCAAAAGGAGCCGCUGGAACGGCGGUGCCAAAGAGAAAGAGGGAAGCCCCUCGGGCUGUACCCCGGCUCGAAAAGGCGACAGCGAGGCCCGGAGCAGCGGAAGAAGAUGUCAUGGGAGCGCUAGACGACGCCGGGUUGGAGCUUGCGAGCGAUGACGAUGAGGGAGAUCAAGAGGCAAACGGGGAGGAUGGGGACAGCGACGAAGAUCCUUUCCCCGAGCUGGAGUUGGGGGUGAGCGAAGAUGAAGAAGACGAACAAGGUAGACUGGAAGCAUUCGCGGCCGACGCAGAUGGUGCUGAGGAGAGCGAGGAGGAAGAAGAAGAGGACGAGGACGAGGAUGACGAUGAGGGAGAAGACGAUGAAGAGGGUUAUAACAGCUCGGAUAUCGACAAUUGGGAUGAGGACGAGGAAGAAGCCUUUGUCAAAGACCUUGAAGGACAGGACAUGAACGAGGCUGAACAAAAGGAGGUUCUCGACAAAAUGGUUGCUCGAGCCACUGUCAAGCCGGACGAGGACCCACAUAAGCUUAACAAGCUUGGACUUACAAAGUCGGAAGCUGCUCCAGAACUCUUCAAAGGACGUAACCCAGAUGGAAGCGCUCAGGGCACCUUCAAGGUUAGCGAGAUCACUGGCCAGCCCAAGCGGGUCUACCCAGAGAUCGAGCCAGGGUACGACAGCGACAGCAGCACAGAAGAUGCACCAAAUCGGAUCGGUAACGUUCCGAUGGAGUGGUACGAUGACCUGCCUCACAUCGGGUACGACGUCAAUGGCCGCAAGGUCAUGCGCCCAGCAAAGGGUGAUGCCCUCGACAAGUUCUUGGCCACAGUGGAGGACCCCGACUCGUGGACGACGGCCGAGGACAAGCUCAUGGGCAAGGAUGUCAAGCUGACUGACGAGGAGCUUGAUAUCAUCAGGCGACUGCAGAAUGCAGAGGUUCCGGACGCAAGCUACGACCCGUACGAGCCCAUGACAGAGUGGUUCACAGGCCCAGGCAAGGAGAUGAUCAUGCCCUUGACCUCUCGACCAGAACCCAAGAGCAGAUUUGUUCCGAGCAAGUGGGAGCACAAAAAGGUCAUGAAGAUUGUCAGGGCGAUUCGACAGGGGCGGAUCACACCCAGCGCGCCGGCGACGACGAAGCCCCAAUACUACAACAUCUGGUCUGACGCUGAUCAACCAGCGCCCGAUCAUCCAAUGAAUAUGCCGGCUCCAAAGAUGCCGCUUCCAUCGCAUGCAGAGUCGUACAAUCCACCGGCCGAGUACCUUUUCAACAAAGAAGAGGAAGAGGAAUGGAAGGAAGCCGAGCCAGAGGACCGGAGGCAAAACUUCCUCCCUGCCAAAUUCGAUGCGCUUCGCAAGGUGCCAGCCUAUAAGCAAUUCCUCACCGAACGCUUCGAGCGAUGUCUGGACCUGUAUCUCGCCCCCAGGAUGCGACGACAGAGGCUCGAGAUCAACGAUCCUGACAGUCUCCUGCCCAAGCUCCCCUCGCCAAAAGAGCUCCGUCCGUUCCCCACAACCUCUUCCGUCACCUUCGAGCACCCCAACAGGCUCCGCGUCCGCAGCGUUGCAUUUGACCCUCGCGGACAGUGGCUUGCCACGGGCGCAGAUGAUGGACGGGUUCGCCUAUGGGAUGUGGCAAUUGGAAGAUGCGUCAUGGUCUGGGAUCUCCACGCUGGCUCUCCCAAUGCGGAACGGUCACCCGUGUACAGCGUCGAAUGGUGUCCGAACCGUUCUCUUUCUCUCUUUGCGGCCUGCACCGCGGGUAAGGUCAUGGUCGUGGUGCCGCCGCACAGUAAUGGCCUUGGCAGCUCCAUCAAGGGCAUCAACAGCUCCUCUGCCUCGAUGCAGUUCGCUACGGAGGGCUACCAACCGCCGGGAUCGGAGUCGAGCGACAAGGCAAAGGCGCCUGCGAAAUGGUCUCGGCCGACCGAGGCAGAUCGAAGAAUCGGCAUCGCUGCCCUCGUAAGCGUCAAGGGUACACCCAAGCAGGUCACUUGGCAUUCCAAGGGCGACUACUUUGCAACAGUAGCGUCCGACGCAUCCUCCUCGGCCGUCCUGAUCCACCAGCUCUCAAAACAAAGAACGCAAUCGCCAUUCACUCGAGCCUCGCGGGGCUCUGCAGUCCAGAAGGUUGCUUUCCAUCCCUCGCGGCCGCACCUUUUUGUCGCGACGCAGCGUCUCGUGCGCGUGUACGAUCUCGCAGCUCAGAAGCUCAUGCGGACGCUCCAGCCGGGCCUGAAGUGGAUCAGCUCGCUCUCGAUCCACCCGAUGGGCGACCAUCUCGUCGUGGGCUCCUACGAUCGGAGGCUGGCUUGGUUCGACCUGGAGUUGAGCACGCGCCCAUACAAGAUUCUUCGCUACCACUCGCGAGCGCUCCGAGCCGUUGCCUUUCACGCGAACUUGCCACUCCUCACGAGUGUCUCGGACGAUGGUGCGGCGCAUGUACUGCACGCCACUGUCUACAACGACCUCGCGACGAAUCCGCUGAUUGUUCCGCUCAAGGUGCUGCGAGGCCACGAAGUCAAGGAUGGACUGGGUAUUCUCGACGCCAAAUGGCAUCCGAGCCUUCCAUGGCUCGUCACGGCCGGCGCAGACGGCGAUGCAAGGCUGUGGACGACCUAGACACCUCUGCCUCUCUA